AUUCUGAAUCUCGAUUUUUUAAAUUAUCAGUUUUGUCAUCAUUUUUUUCAACAUUAUUUUGAUCAACUGACUCUUCAACUUUUUUUUUAUCAUCAGAUACCAUUUUUAUAUUUAAUUUUAAAUGUCUAAUUAAUUAUAUAUAAUUUACAAGACAAGUGUUUUUUAUUCUGUUUCGGUAACUGACUUUACAUUUUACGUUGAUAUCGACAUUCAACACUAUUAUUAUUAUACGUACUCUAUUUUUUUUUAAAACGUCAGAUCUCUAUUUUUACUCACACAAAAUAUAAACAGUGAAAAAAUUUAGAUUGACAAAAUUAAUUAAUAACUCCAAAGUUAGAAUAUGAAAUUGGAGUAUGACUCCUUUAUUUUUUAUCUUCAUCGUAAUUGUAUUAGCUUAUAUUAUUUUUACUUGGGUAUUACCAAAAGCUAUAUCAUGGGUUGUGAAAAGAAGAUACAAAAUUCAUCUACGUGUUGGAUGUAUUUCUUUUCCAUACUUGAUCCUACGUGAUGUUAUUGUUUCUAAAAAUGGUUUUACAAUACAAAUUGAUGAAAUAACUGUAAGAAGUAGUUUAUUCAGUAGUGAUGUUGUUAAACUACUUGCUGUUGUUAUGAAAGAUGUCAGAGUAAACAAGGAUCGAACAACUGGAUCUGAUGUUGAUGACAUUACUCCUUUGACAAAUAAAUUGCCACUUGAUUUUAGAAAUACUAAAAUACCAUCAAUUAUAAUAACAUUUGUUCAAUUUAUGGCUGUUCAUAUUGAUAAUUUAAAUUUACGAGCACUUGGUAAUGGUUGGAUAAUUAAUGGUAAUGCUGAAAGUUUAAAUUUUGAUGGUAGUGUUGUUCAUGGAGCAAGAACACUUUUAACGUCAGUUACAGUAACUGGAGGUGUAAUGAAACUUCAUCGUCAUGCUUCAGAUACUUGUUUAUCACAAAUUAAUUUUGCUGGUACAAUUGAAGCAACAUUGAGUGCCCAAGGGGAAUUAACAUUUGAGAAAUUAUUUAUCGGUGUAGUACAAACAGAAAGCUUUGGUGAACCAGGAUUAAUUCAAUUUAUCAGAGACAGAAAAUCACUAUCAUCAGAAGUACCACCAUUAUUGACAUCUGAUGAAUAUCCUGAAGAUAUUUUGGCAAGAUUUUCACCAAUUUUACCAAAAAAUUUAUCAAUUAAAAUUGACAAUUCAUCAGUUGUAUUUGGCCGUGAAAAUAACUCAUGCAGUAGUCUAAACGGUUCAAUGAAAAAUUUACAAAUAAAUGCAAAACUUCAUCCAACAGAAUUACAAAUUAAUUUAGCAUUAAAAUUAGAAGGCUUAUUAUUAUCAGGAAAAAUGCCAGUUUUAUCACUUGAUUCAUUAACAAUUGAAUCAGGAAUAAAAGAUAAAAUAAUAAAAAUAAAAAGUAAAUUUAAUAAUUUUUCUAUGACAUACGAUCAUUAUGACUGGGAAUCAAUAUUAUUAACAAAAAAAUUAAUUGAUGAUGAUGUUAAUAAUACAACGCCAAGUUUAAUUAAUAAAAAAACAAAAAAUUUUAAUAUACCAUGGAUUAAAGAAAUUAAAACAAAAACUGAUUUAGAUGAUUUUUCAUUAAUUGUACGUUUACCAAAUGUACAAGAGGCAUCAUGUGGUAUUGCACAUAUAACAGUAUCAUUUAAUCGUCCAAAUAUUAAUGAUGAAUGGAUAACACAAUUAACAAUUAAAUCAUUGCGAUGUACAUUAAAUGGUACAGACAGUGUUAUACCACAAACAUCACAUCAAUGGGGUAAUCCAAUAUCAAUUGGUGUACUUGUUGCAACAACACAUCCAAAUGCAAUUGGUAUUGUCAUGGAUUCAUUAUGUACAGAAUGGAAUCUUGAUGUUGCAAAAUUUCUUGAAAAAUCAUUAAAUUAUUAUGAUAAUUAUUUGAAUAUAUUAACAAAAAAUAAUAAAUUAAAAAAUAAUAAAAAUAUUAAAUUAAAAUAUAAUCAAUUAAAUUUAAAAAUAUCAAAAUGUAAUAUAUUUUUAAUUGCAAAUAAUGAUAUGGCUAUAAUGUUAUGUAUUGAUUUAGCAAAUGUGGAAAAUAUUGAAAAUAGAUUUGUUGGUGUUGGUGAGGGUAUUUGUGCAAUAACACUUAAUAAAAAUGAGCCAAUAAUUUGUGAACAUUCAAGUUUAAUAAAAGAUCCAUUUUUAAAAAUAAGAAAAUUAAAAAUAUCUGUUAAAAAUGAUAUUAUUAAUUUCAGUAUUGAUUGUAGUAGUCUUAUAUGGUCACCAAAUUUACAUUUACGUAUUAUUAAAUUAUGGAAUGAAUCAUUAAAUUUCCGUAAUAUAUUAAAAUUACAAAAAAUAAAUAAAACUAAUAAUGAUAAUAGUUGUGUUAAACGUAAUAUUGAUAUAUUAGCAACAAGUAAUAUAGCAAUAACAAUUGAAAUUGAUAUUGAUAAUGAAAAAAAUGUACAAAAAAUACAAUUAUCAUCAGAUGAAGUUUAUUUAUCAAAUGAUAAAUGGAAAUUAGAUUAUUUACGUUGUUCAUUGAAUGAAGAAGAUAUAAUAACAAUUGAAGAUUUUGAAUUUAAAAGAUUAGAUGAUUCUGAUGAUGUUAGAUUAGAACGUAAAAAUAAUGAUGAUUUUAUACUUGAUUGGAAUGAAACAUGGCAAUUAAAUAUUGAUAUUGCUAAAGCACGUUUUCCAUAUGAUCAUGAUUUUGCUGAAGCAAUACAAAAUAAAUUAUUAAGUGUCCGUAAAUGGUUAAAAGAAAUUCAUUCAUCAUCAUCAACAUCAUCAUCAUCUAAGAAAAAUAAUGAAAGAUUAUACUGUGAUCUUGUUAUUAAAAUACGUGAAUGGAUAUUUGAAGUUAGUGAUGAUCCAUUUGAAGUAAAAUUACGUGAUAUUUAUCAAUUACUUGAAGAUGAAUAUAAAGAAAGUUUAAAACGUCAAUCAAUGUUAAAUGCAAAAGUUGAAAAAUUAUGUCGUACACAUUUAUUAUUACCACAGGGUAAAGUUGAAGAAUUAUAUGCUAGUUUAAAUAAAAAAAAUGCUGAAACAUAUGUUAAAAGAUGGCGUCAAAUGCAACGACCUGGUCCACGUACACGUUUAUUUGCUUGGAUAAUGAAAGAUAUUGAAAUAAUAGCUGUUGCUGAUCCAACAAUAAGUGGUUAUAAAAAUGCUAAAACAGCAAUACAAAAAAUUGAUAGUGAAUCAUUAUGGCCAGAUGAUGAUAGUAUUGAUUUUAGUAUACUAUGGGUACGUGGUAUAUCAAUGAAAAUAAGUGAAUGGAAAUUACAAUUACGUGAUUUUCCACAGCCAUUAUUACUUGUUGAAGGUUUAUCAAUAUGGGGUAGACUUGGUGGUGCUGAAUUAUUAGCACCAAUACGUGCACGUCGUACUGUUAUUAUAAAAGUUGGUGAACCAUGGCCAGAUAUUAUUGUUGAACGUGGUAUGACUAGUUUAAAAUAUUAUCAUGAUCUUAACUUUGAUAUUGAUAAAUAUCGUUAUGCAUUUGGACCAUGUUGGGAACCAGUUAUUGCACAAUGUAAUUUAUCAUUUGAAAAAAUAUUACAUCCAAGCCGUGAUCCAAGUCCACCAUUACCAUUUUGGGAUAAAAUGAGAUUAUCAUUACAUGGUAGAUUAACAUUAUGUGUUAAACAAUUAACAAUAUUAUUACAUGCAUCAUUAGAUCCAUAUAAUACAACUGAAGAAAUGGAAUUAACAUGGAGUGGUCUUGAACUUGAUUGGACAUUUGGUAAAAUAAUAAUAAAAGGUGAUUUAGAUAUUUAUGUACGUACUGCAAGUAAAUAUGAUGAUUGUAGAUUAUUACAUUUACCAAAUGUUAGAUUAACAAUGAAAUUAAAUUGGUUGUGUCUUGGUGAUCCACGUGAUCAUCAUACAGCAAUACCAUGUGCACCAGAUAGAUUACCAGAAUAUUCAAGUAAUCAAGAACAUGAUUCAUUUCGUGCAUUUCGUUCACAAAAUAUAAAUAUUAGUUUAUCACUUGAAACAAAACCAAAUGGUUCACCAAUUAAUUCAUGUCAAGCACCAACAGCAACAUUAUUUGGUAGUACAUUAAGAUGGUUUGAAAAUUUAAAAUUCAUAUUAUCUGGUGCAACAAGACCAACAAGAAAAGGAAGUUUAUUUAAUAAUACUAGACCAAGAAAAAAACAAUUAAGUCGUCAUUAUAAAAAUGUUAGAUUAACAUUGGCAUUUCAUAAAUUUCAUGUUAGUUAUUGGAUGUCAUUUGCAAUGCAACGUGGUUUUGAAAUAACAUGUGGACGUGUUGCAUGUUCAUCUGAACAUAAUUUAUCAUUAAAUCCAAUAAAAGAUGGUUUAAUACAUCGUCAUCGUGCAGCAUGGUCAAUAAUAUAUAUGAAUUGUGAAUUAAAUGAUGCUGAAAUAUGGUUAAAAUCAGCAUUACAAGAUAAUGAACCAUCAUCAUCAUUAAUGAGACAACCAGUUGAAAAAUGUUAUUGUUUAUCUGUUGCAAGAGUUAGUUAUGGUAGAGAUGCAUUAAUAAUUGGUAUACAAGGUGAUACACCAACACAUCGUCUUGUUGUACAUGAUUUAAAAGGUGCAUGGACUAAAACAAAUCGUGAUGUUGCAUUUGCAUUAUUUGAUUCAUUUAUAAAAACACAACAAUUAAAAAAAAAUUUAUCAACAGCAGCAUUAAAAGGUUUUCAUUUAUCAGAUAAAGUAGAAAAUACAAAUCAACAACAAAAAUUAAGAAGAUCAAUGGAUUUACAAAAUGCAUUAAUUAGUAAAACAAAAUUACCAGUUGAUACAUCAUCAACAACAUCAACACCAUCCUCAUCAUCAUCAUCAUCAUCAUCAUCGUCGUCGUCGUCGUCAUCAGUUGCAGUUGUUGCAGCAGCUGCAGCAGCAGCAGCAGCGGCGGCAGCAACAUCAACAUCAACAGCAACAACUACAACAGCAGUGCCAGCAACAACAACAUCAUCAAUAUCAUCAACAGUAGUAGCACCAACAAUAACAACAGUAAAUACAACAUUAACUACAACAACAACAUCAACAUCAACAACCACAACAACAACAGCAACUACGGCAAAUGAUAACAAUAAUAAUGAUGAAGACACAUCAAAAAAUUCAGAAAUUCCAACAGAACCAAUAAAAACAAAACCAUUAAGUAAAAUAUAUCAAUCAGAAGGUGCUGAAAUGUUACAACGACUUAUUGCUGAAGCACCAAAUAAACCAGUUGUAUUUAGUGAUGAUUUAUCAGUUCAAACACGUGGUCAACAAUUACGUGGUCUUGCUGCAUGUAAUCAAGAUGAUUUAUUACAUACAAAUUGGCAUAUUGCAUUAGUUAAUUCUCAAGUAUUAUUAAAAGGUAUUGAAACAAAAGGAUAUGUUAUAUUAUCCGCAGCAAAAGCUGAAAUAUUUCAACGUGUACAUUGUCCAGUAUGGCGUGAACAAAGAACACUUGUAUCAAAAACAACAUGGGUUGGUUCACUUGAAUGUAUGCAAUAUUAUGCAACAGUAUCAGCAAAUAUUGAUGAUAAUAUUGAUGAUAAUAAUAUAAUGUGGUUAAGUUUAGAUAAUAUACAAGAAAAAGAUUCAAAAAUAAUUGCUGAAUUACCAGAUGUACCAACAUUAGUUGGUUCUGGACAAUCAGUUGGUGGUGUUGUUAGUCAAACAGUUGGUGGUGGUGGUGAUUUACAACAUCAAUUACAAAGAAUAGUAUCACGUUGUAAAUGUGAAUUUUUUUAUGUUGGUUAUGGACAAACAAUUGAUUCAAUUGAAUUUGAUAAAGUACCACCACCACCACUUGAAGAAGUUGAUCCAUGGGAAAGAAAAGAUUUAUCAGCUGCUGAUGCAUUUACAUUAAUGCAUUAUGAUCUUGAUGUUUGUACAAAUUCAUUACAAUAUGCAAUGUUACUUGAUGUUGUUAAUAAUUUAUUAUUAUAUGUUGAACCAAGAAGAAAAGAAGCUAAUGAAAGAUUACAAAGAAUGAGAUUUCAAUUACAAUUACAUUCAGUUGAUGAUCAAAAAAAACCAAUACAACAAUUACAAAAUACUGUUAGAGGUUUAGUUGCAAAAUUACGUAGAUUAGAACGUGAAACUUAUCUUGUUGAAAAAGCAAUAAUUGAAGAUACAAGUAAUGAAUUAUUAUUAGCUGAACUUGAAACACGUGUAUUUGAAUGUAAAGAAUUAUUAAAUGCUAAAAGUGAAGAACUUGAUGUUAUGCUUAAUUGUUAUAAAGAAACAACAACACCAACAACAAAAGCAUCAACAACAUUAAAAGAUAGACAAGCAUCAGUUGCAAGAGCUGCUGAAAUAUGUUUUAAACAUGCACAAUGGCGUUUAACUGAAGCUGAUGGACAACUUGGUAUUGCUGAUUUAAUAUUAACAAAUUUUUUAUAUACUAAAACAAGUAAAACAGAUGAUUCAGUUGAACAUUUAUUAGAACUUGGAUAUGUUAGAAUGAUGAAUUUAUUACCAAAUCAAAUUUAUACUGAAGUUUUAACACCAACUGAAUUACAAAGUAAUAUGCCUGUUGAUAGACAAAGAGCAUUACGUGUUUUUUGUCGUGAAAAAGCACCAGUUGCUGGUAUAUCUGUUAAAGAACAUUUUGAAAUUAAUGUUGUACCAUUAACAAUUGGUUUAACUAAAAAAUUUUUCAAUACAAUGUUAAAAUUUUGUUUUCCUGAAAGAGAUCCAGAUGGUAUUGAAGAACCACCACCACCACAACGUGAUUCAUCAUUUUAUGUACCAAUUGAAAGACGUGAUGAUGUUGAAAAAAUGAAAGAAAGAGCUGAUAAAAAUAAAUUAUUUAUUUAUAUUAAAAUACCAGAAGUACCAGUUAGAGUAUCAUACAAAGGUAAUAAAGAAAAAAAUUUACAAGAUGUUAGAGAUUUUGCCUUAGUUAUACCAACAUUAGAAUAUCAUAAUGUAACAUGGACAUGGUUAGAUUUAUUACUUGCUAUGAAAAGUGAUUCAAGAAGAGUUAUAUUAAGUCAAGCUAUUAAACAAAAAUUACAAAUUAAACCAAGAGGUCCACAAGAAGAAACAAAACCUCAAGAAGAAGAUAAAGCAAGACUUUUACUUGGUGCAAGACAUUUACCUGGUGAUGCUAGGAAAAAAAGUGUUUUUAAAUUUAAAUGAUAAUUUUUAUUAUUUUUUUUUUUAUAUAAAUUUAACAAAUUUAACAAUCAUGAUGAGUUUUUUCUCAGGUUUUUAAUUUAAUCAUUGAAUUAUAUAGAAUUUUAUUUUUAAAAAUUUAAAGUUGAAAAUAAUUUAUUAUACUUUUUUUUUUUUU